UGCUCACGUGUCUCCGCAGUCGGCUCGGGAAAGAAUCCCCAAAGCAAAUUUUAGGCAAAGUCUUGAGAAAGAAGAAAUUGGGGCCAGAAAGGGAAGUGAGGAGAACCGAAUCCCAGACCUUUGGAGAGAAGGAGCAAAUCCCCUCUGGCACAGCCCAUCAGGGAGAAAGAGCAGGGCUGCAUUGAGGAUUGAAUGAGAAAGCAUUCCAUAGCUGCAGCAAUAGUGGUUUAUAGUAACAAACAGCACUGCAUGUUGAACACCGAUCAUUGUAAUCCAGCCCAGGAGAGCAAGCCUAGUGGCCAGUGAGAUGCUAGCACAUGAGAGAGUACUGAGAAGAAACCAACUUGAGUGAUGCUGGGCCCCUACAUGGCACCAAGAAGAGCUCAGUUGAGAAGAGUCCUAGGCUAGCAGCCCCAAACAGGUGGGUGUUGCUCAGCUGCCUGGGGCAUGUGGUUGUAAGGCAGAACCCACAGACCUUUCAGGAAGAAGGCUCUUGGGGCCAUGGCCCAGGCCAGCAUCAACAGUGACUACAGUGAGUGGGGCUUGAGCACGGAUGCCGGAGAGCGGGCCCGGCUGCUUCAGAGUCCCUGUGUGGACACAGCCCCCAAGAGUGAGUGGGAAGCCUCUCCUGGGGGUCCAGACAGAGGUACCACUUCCACACUUGGGGCUGUCUUCAUCGUCGUCAACGCGUGCCUGGGCGCAGGACUACUCAACUUCCCAGCAGCCUUCAGCACUGCAGGGGGCGUGGCAGCAGGCAUCGCACUGCAGAUGGGUAUGCUGGUUUUCAUCAUCAGCGGCCUUGUCAUCCUGGCCUACUGCUCCCAGGCCAGCAAUGAGAGGACCUACCAGGAGGUGGUGUGGGCUGUGUGUGGCAAGCUGACAGGUGUGCUGUGUGAAGUGGCCAUCGCUGUCUACACCUUUGGCACCUGCAUCGCCUUCCUAAUCAUCAUUGGUGACCAGCAGGACAAGAUUAUAGCUGUGAUGGCAAAAGAGCCGGAGGGGGCCAGCGGCCCUUGGUACACAGACCGCAAGUUCACCAUCAGCCUCACUGCCUUCCUCUUCAUCCUGCCCCUCUCCAUUCCCAGGGAGAUCGGCUUCCAGAAAUAUGCCAGCUUCCUGAGCGUCGUGGGGACCUGGUACGUCACAGCCAUCGUUAUCAUCAAGUACAUCUGGCCAGAUAAAGAGAUGACCCCAGGGGACAUCCUGACCAGGCCGGCUUCCUGGAUGGCUGUGUUCAAUGCCAUGCCCACCAUCUGCUUCGGAUUUCAGUGCCACGUCAGCAGUGUGCCCGUCUUCAACAGCAUGCAGCGGCCUGAAGUGAAGACCUGGGGUGGAGUGGUGACAGCUGCCAUGGUCAUAGCCCUCGCCGUCUACAUGGGGACAGGCAUCUGUGGCUUCCUGACCUUUGGAGCUGCUGUGGAUCCUGACGUGCUCCUGUCCUACCCCUCGGAGGACAUGGCUGUGGCCGUUGCCCGAGCCUUCAUCAUCCUGAGCGUGCUCACCUCCUACCCUAUCCUGCACUUCUGUGGGCGGGCGGUGGUGGAAGGACUGUGGCUGCGCUACCAGGGGGUGCCAGUGGAGGAGGACGUGGGGCGGGAGCGGCGGCGGCGAGUGCUGCAGACGCUGGUCUGGUUCCUGCUCACCCUGCUGCUGGCGCUCUUCAUCCCUGACAUCGGCAAGGUGAUCUCAGUCAUUGGAGGCCUGGCCGCCUGCUUCAUCUUCGUCUUCCCAGGGCUGUGCCUCAUUCAAGCCAAACUCUCCGAGAUGGAAGAGGUCAAACCAGCCAGCUGGUGGGUGCUGGUCAGCUACGGAGUCCUCUUGGUCACCCUGGGAGCCUUCAUCUUCGGCCAGACCACAGCCAAUGCCAUCUUUGUGGAUCUCUUGGCAUAACCACUGCCUCCCAGGGAACACAAGGCCUUUGCCAUUGGUCGCAGGAACCCAUCUCUUAACAGCUAUGGGGCCAUUGUUAGUCCACGAUCAUUCCAACUGGUGAGAUGACAUCCGGACAUCCUCUUCCAGGGACUGGGGCAAACUAAGGCCCCACACCUCUGGACAGCUCAAACCCAGUCCUCUUCCUGCUCCCCAGUGCUGGCAGUGCUGUGGAUGUUGGCAGGAAGCCUCACAUCAUAGAGGAACCUUCCUCCUCUCCCAGUUCUCAACUUCUCCAUGCCUGGAAUCCAUGGGUGAAGAGAGUCGGUAGAUCUCAUAAGAAAGAAUCCAGUCUGACUUCCUGACUUCCCUCUGGAGAAUGACUAUGGACAGAAGGCCACCAUCCUCCACAGUGCACCCUAUCCUGAGUAGGGGCUGUGCUCAUUACCCCAGGCCAGUGGUAGCUUCCUCAGGAGCCUGGAAAGCACUGAAGUCAUACAAAUGCAUAGUCAGGUAGAUUCAGGCCUUGCCCACACCUUCCUGGGCAACCCCCACCAUGAACCUGUCAGCCUCUUUCCCAUAGCUAACGGACAUUUCCCAGGCCUUGAGGGGCCCCACCAUGUCUCUUUCACCAAACCUGAUGGUCCAGGCUGGGCAUCUCUCCUCCUCCAUCCCCAGACAUCACCAGGUCUAUUGUUUACAAACGGUGCCAGCCCGGCUCUGAAGCCAAGGGCCGCCCCGUGCCAUGGUGCUGUGAGUAUUCCUCUGUUAGCUUUCCCCAUAAGGUUGGGGGAUAUCUGCUGUUCUGUCUGAGAUGGGCCCCUCUUUUCAGAGGCCCCAGGGUGGGUGCUGGAGAAGGCUGAGAACAUUUCAGACCCUCUGUGUGGGCUGGGCUGAUUCGGAUCAGCCCAGCCCUAGCCUGAUUACCCAGAGACAAAAAAAAAAAAUAGGCAGGGCUGGGCGCGGUGGCUCACGCCUGUAAGCACUUUGGGAGGCCAAGGCGGGCAGAUGACUUGAGGUCAGGAGUUCAAGACCAGCCCGGCCAACAUGGCAAAACCCCGUCUCUACUAAAAAUACAAAAAAUUAGCCGGGCAUGGUGGCGGGCACCUGUAAUCCCAGCUACUACUACACUCAAACCCAGGAGGCAGAGAUUGCAGUGAGCUGAGAUCGUGCCAUUGCACUCCAGCUUGGGCAACAAGAGUGAAACUUCGUCUCAAAAAAACAAAAACAAAAAGGCAGCUGGGUUGUCACUGAUGGGCAGCAUUUGGGCCUGCCACACUGGCCUGGAAGUUUCCCUUCCAGUCUGGAUUUUGUCUGCUCCUUCCUCCUCACCCCGUCACCUCUUCACCUCCCAUCACAUUUCACCCUAUAGCUCAGUCUGUCCCAUGCACAUAAUUGGGGGCAGAGGGGGGCUCUCUUAUCAGCCUCUUCAGCAACACAUGUCCAUCAGGCCUGGCCUCAGUGGCCAGCCACAUUGAUGUCACAUUGGAAUUGUUACCCCAGGCAGGGUGAAGAGAUAGGCUCUCUCCUCCGCCACCCCCCUCCCCACUAUAUUCUUGUUUUGACCACCUCAGCCCCUCAGCGACCCCCUCUCACUUUGGCCAAUCCCAGGCACCAAUCAGGCUUCCUCCUCCACCUGGAGCCCCUAGCAUUUCCUUGGCCCCUCUUCCCCAAAACCUCUGUACAGGGUAUGAGAGGGACCUGCUGCCCAGCCACCCACCACUCAGGGCAGUCUGAUCUAAGAAGCAGAAGCUGGUUGGAGGUUGGCCGGGCUUCUGUCCAGUCUCCAGAUGGAUAAACUGCCUUUUCUCACAUUCCCUCUUGGUGCCUGAUCUUCUCUGCCCACGGGGCCAGACCCACAGUACUGUUUUCUGUCAGUCUCCAGCACAGCACCAAGCUCUGCCAGCACCAGUCCCUGACAGGGCUAGGAGGACAGCCUGGUCAGCAGGGUUGCAGUCCCCCAGUGCCGUGUUUCGGGGGUUGAGGGAUGUAAGUGGAGUCAUUGCACAGAGACAGACCAGUCAGGAGAAGAAGCUGGAAUCUGGCCUCUCGGCCUAACCUCAGGAGCCCCCUCCCAUCCUCUCCCCGCUCUCCCUGUCGGGGUACUUCACUGUUUAUUUUCUACUUGUGUGUACUCGGGAAAGCGCAGAUGGUUAAUAAAAGGGAUUUGUGCUGCUGA